CUUGCGUCAGUUGCAUACUUCACCCACCAAGUUAAUUAUAUAUACUACUCCAACUCCAUCAUAUCCUCCAAACUCAACCAAGCUAAUCUCAAUGGCUUUCUAUCCUUCUCUUAAAAGCACCAUUUCCUUCAUAAUUCUUUUCAUUUCACUUCAAAACUUCCAAGUUUCGAGUGCGGUUAAGGGUGGCUAUUGGUUUCCAGACAAUGGUCUAGCAUCCUCAGACAUCGACUCAACUCUUUUCACUCAUCUCUUCUGCGCCUUUGCCAACCUUAACCUUCAAACUAACCAACUUAUUGUUCCUUCAGAAUGCGCCUCGUUCCCUCGAACCGUCCGAGGAAAGAACUCGGCGGUGAAAGCCCUCUUAUCCAUAGGAGGAGGUAACGCACAAUCUUCCGAUUACAACAACAUGGCUAGGAACCCUACUUCUCGAAAGACCUUUAUCGACUCCUCAAUAAACGUCGCUUUAGCUAAUGGUUACGACGGUCUCGACUUAGACUGGGAACAACAAUCCACCGUCGAUGAGAUGAACAACUUGGCAGUCCUCCUUCGAGAAUGGAGAGCCGCCGUAAGGGCUAAGGCAUCCAGCACAGGCAGGCCACAAUUGAUCUUAACCGCAGCACUUCAUUACUCACCACGAGCAAAUGCAGCAGCUACAUUCCCUGCACAAGCCAUAGCCGACAGUCUAGAUUGGGUGAAUGUCAUGGCUUACGACUUUGUUGCCCCCGCUUGGUCACCUCAGCCGUUUGUCACUCAACCUCAUGCCUCACUCCGCAACCCAUCCAGCACCGCCGCUAGCGGAAGUGGUGGGAUCACUGCUUGGAUUAACGCCGGCGUGCCAGCUAAGAAGCUAGUCCUUGGGUUCCCGUUUUACGGGUACGCAUGGCGGCUCUCGAACCCGAACAGUAAUGGUAUUUUAGCUCCGUCUACCGGCGGAGACACUAGUGUUGGUGGUGGAACACCUAGCUAUAAGCAGAUUAAGGACUUCAUUAGUCAAAGAGGUGCAACGGUUAGGUAUGAUAAUAAUUAUGUUACUAACUAUUGUUACUCUGGAUCGACUUGGAUCGCUUAUGAUGAUACACAGACUAUAGCUACUAAGGUUGCUUAUGCUAAGAGUACCGCUUCGUUGCUCGGCUAUUUCGCUUGGAGUCUCGGCCAAGACCAGAAUUGGGCUCUUUCUAGACAAGCUUCGCAAACAUGGGGAGCAUAGGCAUCGAUGGAGAACCAGCGCGCGCGAAAGGCCGCAUCACAUCGAUCAGUUUGUGUUAUACAUAAAUCAGUUCGUGUUGUUUAAGAAAACAGAAAUUAACCUUACUUGGUAUGAUACCGAGAGUUAGGGGCAUAUAUAUUUGUCGAAUAAGAUGUGAGAUAUACUCACAUAGUCACAUGGGACACACAAAUAAAUGUAAUGUGUUGUAAAUUAUGUACGGUCGCUGAAGUAAUAACAAGUUAGUUGCGAUUCUGUUCUUCAA